GGAGUUCAAAUAAGAUGCUAAAAUUAUAUAAAAGAAAUAUUUUUGUUGCAUAAUAUCACUUCAUCAAUAUUGUAUACUGUUGCACUGAUCAUUGAGAAAACAGAUUAUAAAUAAGUCUCAUGUCAUGGCCUUAGUUUGCCCACUGGGACCAUUGUGAGAAAAAGAGAAGACCCCUUCUGUGUUUUUAGUGUGAGCAGUUCUUGGCAUGCUAUAGGUUACGGUUACAUAAAUGUGUUGAUGCUGGUGGUAGUAAAAUAAUAUGCACUAUAAGUGAACUUGUGGCUUCUCUACGUCGUGACAUCACUUGAAACUGCAAUGCUGUCGCUUUUAUAAGGCAGCUCACUCAAGCGACCACUGGACAAUUACAAGAUGAUCUCAGGACCUGUUUAGAAAAGCCAUUGAAUAUAUAUAUAGCAGUCUUGAUUGUUACAUAUCCAAGUGUGCACAUGGGGAAAUAUGCAUCUGCAUCCAAGCCGUACCAGGGAGUGAGAGUCAAAGACCCCGUCAAGGAGCUGCUUCGCAGAAAGCGAGGAAACGGAACGAGACCGGCCCCCCUCACCACCACAAUGAUGGUUGCCAACAACACUUUGCCUUCAUACACACAUGCUGGGACUUUCACAGAAGCCACUCAGACUGGCCUCAAUGAUUCGGUGAUGGAUGUCGGGGGGCUCUGCACUGGAUGGAUCGCCCAGACCACCAGCACGACUGCUCUACAGCCUCUAAGUCACUGGUCUCCAACAGACUGCCAACAGCAGGACCCCACCCUCCACUCCCACACGGCUGAUAUGUACGUUCAGCCGAUCUGUCCCAGUUACACCGUGGUGGGCCCUUCCUCCAUGUUUACCUUAGGACACACGCCUCUCUUCACCAACCUUGGGGCCGUGAGCACCUCCAACUCAACUCUGCCUCAGGUAGAGGUCCCAGACUUAACUUACAUUCCAUGGGCCCAGUCAUUAUCUACGAUCUCUUGCCCCGUCAUGCAGGCACCGUCAAUGCCAACAGCACUAUCUGGCCCCCAGCUCUUCCCUGUGCCCCUGACUUUGCCUGUAUUCUCGCCAGAACCAGAGCAGGAAAAGCCCCCGCAGGCCCCUGAGGGGUCUCUAGCCCUUGAGAAACUGCUGGAAGAAGAUGAGGGCCACAAAGAAACCUACAUCUGCAACCCCUCACUGUUUUCAGAGGAUAUUUAGGAUAUUAAUGCAUUAGCAUUUGUCCAGCUUCUUUUUUAAUUUAGGGCGAGUGUAGAUCAACAGUUGGGCAGUUGUUUAAGAUAGUUUAAGAUAAUGUUUUAGCUGUUUUUGUUAAGCUGCAAAUAUCAAACCAUGCUGUCUUAUAUAAUAGCUUAUUACAGUUUUUCUCAGUUGUUUUGUUGCAUUUCUCAGAUCAUCUUUAUCAUUUACAAAUCAGUACAGUGGGUGCACCCCUCUAGGAAUUACUUGCCAGAACCUGAAACUUAUCCUCUCAAAAGUAAAUAUUUAUAUCGAGUUUCUUAAAAGCAACCUGUGUGAUUAGCAACAUGUUGUUUUAUCUAACAGUGGCCCUUUAAACUCUUAAUGUCUUAUGUAAUAAAUGAAGAUGUAUUCUGAGCAUAUGCUGGUUGACACAUAAACCACACAGUACCAUGUGUCUUAUGUGAGACAGCAAAAUUUUUGAAAACAAACUUUUAGUUUCUUAUUUUAUAUCAUUCAUAUUUAUACUUAAUAUAAAAUAGGGAAGAGAUCCUCGUUGUAAUUUUUUUUCUUAGGUUUUUGCUAUUUCACACCAUAGGACACAUGUGCAGUUUAUUUGUCAACUAAACCCGUAUAUAGUAGUGGCCAGAAGUAAUGUCCAGGGGGAAUUACUUCUGGCUUUACUUCUGGAUAACCCCCAGGUUAGAUAAAACCUUCAUAAUAUAAGGACAAAACAUGAGACACAAGGUAUUUCAAACCACAGCAUAUCAAUUAAUAUUCAAAGUAGCUGUUUAUCCUCUCUUGUGGUAAUGUCUUUGCACAUGUUGUGUGUAAUUUGCCAAGCAUUCUUAAAUUCCUCUCAUAGCUGAGCUGUUGUCUAUACUCUUGACAAACCCAUAUGCAACAUGCAUACAAUUUUUAUAUACAUAUUUGAUCAAAUAUUUAAAUAAAGAUCAAAGAUGACAACUGUUCAAAGGUAGAUAUCACUUUUGGUCACUACGGUAUUUUAAUCAUAUGGGUAUUCUCUCAACAGAUAUUGUUCUGGCUUUUGAUGAAACUAGUAACUUUGUGUUAGCACCUGUUGUAUUAUUGCUCCUGUAUGACAUAUCGCUUAUUGCUCCCUGAACUCUCUGUAAGUCGCUUUGGAUAAAAGCGUCAACUAAAUGAGUAAUGACUAAAUGUAAAUGUAAUCAGCAUGACAAAAUACUGUAUAGGAAACAGCAGAUAACUGUAUUGAAGAUGAAGUUGAAUAAGAAGCUUUGAGAAUUUUAACCAUGAUCUGAGAAAUUCUCCAAUGCGACUAAAGACGAAAUAUGAACAAAAUAACAAAAAAAACAUGAUUCGUUAUACUAAAUAAAUGAUACUGCAAAAUGAAAAUUCUGUCAUUCUCUCAUUCUAAAAAUAAAAUAAAAAUUCUGUUAUAAUUUA